AGACGCGAUCAUUUUGAAGAAGGUUAAUCUCGCCCCCUCCCCCGAAAUUGAGCACCCAUUCAUGACCGUGUAGCUCGGUCCCGCCACCGGGAGGCCAUCGCCAUCGUCACCACCGCACGUGCGGGGUGCCACGCUAUCGCGGCGCACGGACAAUGCACGCAACCGUUAUCUAUUGUAAAUCGCCGUUAUCACGACGAGCGAGUUUUGUCGCCCAAUCCAACUUUUGAACACCGCGUGUCGUAACCGUCGUCGUGAUUCUUUCGUUCAUCCUCGAGCUAUUGGUAACAUUGCGACACACCGCUUCGCGAGUCGAAUUUCGUUUCACAUCGCUCAAAAAUCAACGACAUCCGACGCGGAGUGUCCGUCUCUGUUACCGAAGACGCACUGAAAACAUGCAACUGAACGACGAGAACAAGCGCAACGUCCGACUCGGGCUGCAGACAAAUGUGACCACCGAUGACGCUGCUUCCACCCCCGCUGCUGCCUCUCAAAACGCGAUACUUAAUGGCGGGGAAUAUUCGGAAAAAGGGCGCGGUGAUGGUCAAAAAUCCAAUCACAGCAACUAUUUCAAGAGACCGCCCGUAGAUCAAUGUAGUUCGUCGUUUGGUAGUUCUAAACAGCAUGCGGCGACAAGAUUUCAGUCUGGGCCCGGUCCUCAUGAUCGACAGAAGCGCUAUCCAAGCUCCGGACGUCAUUAUAAUCAGAUUGUCCGCUGGUUAAACCAGACAACCAAAAAUGUGUCAACACCAAAUAGCCAAUUAAAGUACGGGGAGAAAAGUUGCAAGUAUUUUAAAAUGGACAAAAAUGAUCCUCAGCAUACGACAACCUUUGCUUCUGGAUCGCGGAUCGAUGUCAGCAAAAUAAAUCAUCAGAUCGUAUGUCAGUCUAAAGACUCAAAUGAAUGUACUAAUGCCAUUUUCGGUUCUAAUACUGAGAAUCAAUACAAGUCUGACAAACAAAAUUUGGAUCAUAAUUCCGAUUUAUGUGAGACGUCUGGUAAUCUAGAAAAGUUACACUUGAUGACUGCUGCAGAUUUUGAUCGUGAUAGAUAUGCUCGCUAUGGUGUACAUGAGUCUGAAAUAAAAGAUUAUGUGCGUACAAUAACAUACUUGAAUUCCAUAGAAUACUGUGCUAAUAAGUUCAUUAAGAAUAAAGUGGUUUUAGUUAUCCGUGGCGGUAUUGGCUUUUUACCAUUGUUAUGUGCUCGUAAUGGAUGUGCCAAAAAAGUGAUUGUUUUAGAAGAGUCAGCUUGUAUUGAAUAUGCUCGUCAAAUAGUUAAAGAUAACAAUUAUUGUCAUAAAAUCACCCUAAUUCAAAGCAGUGUACAAAACUUAAAAGAGUUGCCACAUGGACUUACUCAGGUUGAUGUUAUAGUUUCUGAUUUCAUGGGUGACUGUAUCAUUAGUCAAGGAGAUCAAAUGGAACAAGUGAUUGAAGCAAGAAAUCGUUUUCUUUCUCCAAAUGGCAUAAUGAUACCUAAAAGUGUGUCUUUGUAUGGCCAAUUGUCAGAUCAAAGACGAGCCUAUGAAAAUCGUCGUAUACGCAAGCUUAAAACUAAAGAAAAAAAGAAAAAUACCAAUUAUCCUAAAUUUAGCAAAAAAAAGUUGGAAUCUGAAGAAGAAGAUUGUGAUACUGACAGUUCUUCUGAUUCAACGUGGUGUUCUUGGUGGAAGGAUGUUUAUGGGUUUGAUAUGAGAUCUAAGCCAGACACGUGGAUAGAUCAAUUUCCUGGUGAUGAAAAUUGUUCUGGUUCAAACAAAGAGUGGUGUGUGAUGCCAGAACCACUCAUUGCUUUUUUUGAUCCUUGCCGGGUAGUGUCUAAUGCUUGUUUAAUGGUGGAAUUUAAUAUGCUCAGCUGUACUAUUGCAGAAGUACGACAUGUUGAAAAGAGAAAUUUAAAAUUUGAAUGUAUUACACCUUUUACAAGUGCUAAUGGGGGAGAUUAUGCACACAUGCUAGAGCUAUUUAUGAUAGUUGAUUUCCCUAAUGGACAAGAACUUAGUAGCAAAGAUUCUGAAGAAAUAGGAUUUUCAACAUCAUGUUUUUCUCCUUGCACUCGAUAUAGACAAACUGGGUUGUUGUUACGAGACCAACUAUUAGUUGAAGAAGGAGAUGUGUUUAUACUCAAUGAGUUUCAUAUGUGGCGUGGUCCUCAAAAACGUCAAGACAAUAAACUUCCUGGAGUAAAUUUUAAAAAUAAAAAUUCUUUCCAGAGAUCUGAGACUGAAGAAAAUUUAAAAUUGAGAUUAAGAUAUACUUUUGUGAAUAAAUAUUUAAAGGCAGUUGAUAGACGAUGUGUUUAUACUUUAAAGAAGCAAUUAUUUUAAGUUUGUUGAAUAGUCUUUUAUUUGUUAUGUUAAAAAUAAAAGUGUAUACAUUUUACACUGA